AAGCCGCAUUUAUUAUACGAUCGAGGUGAAAUUUUUAAAACAAUAUUUGUUUGGCCCAAGGACGAACCCUAUUGAAAUUGGUGAUAAUCGGAACAGAUUUAGAUAUAGCUCCAAUACAUAUUCAACCAAUUUCGGGUUAAUUGUGCACUAAACAGCCAAUAUCAGUCCAAAUCACCUGAAUUUUGGCAUAUCCGACCGAAUACAGUCUAGAAGCAAAUACAUCAAAUUUCGUGAAAAUCGGUUCAGAUACAGCUAUAGCUCCGAUUUGGCGUUUAAGUACCUCACAUUCGUAAUAUGCAUUCGACAACAAUGAUAUUUGGUACCAGAUAUCUUAUAGAGCUCGGAAAUACCUCUGCCAAAUUUUAUCAGGAUUGGUUCAGAUUUGGAUAUAGCUCCCAUAUAUAUGUUCAACCGAUUGCGGGUUAAUUGUGCACCAAAUGACCAAUAUCUGCCAAAAAGUCCUACAUUUUGGUACACCCGACCGAAUUCAGUCUAGAAAAAAAAGCAAUUAGGAAAUGUCUCUGUCCCAAGGAGAAACCAUUGGAUCCAGCCUACGCCCGUCUUAUUAUAUUAAAAUCGUAUGAAACACAAAAUGGUCAUCGUAUACUGAGUAUGCCGCAACAACAGGAACUGACUUCAAAUAGAUUUUCCAUGUGGAAAUUUUGUAUUUUAAUGCAUAAAAUCUUGCACGAAGGGUAUGAACAAAUUCUUAUAGAUAGUUAUGCAAAUAUUGCGCAAUUCGGAAAAUUGGCAAACUUUUGGUCGAGUCAAACAACACAUCAUCUGGCACAAUGUAUUAUCCAAUACUGUAAAGUUUUGCAAAGAAAAAUUAUAUUUCAUCAGACCUAUCGACACAUUAAAGGCAAUUUUGAAUGUGAUUAUGAAAAGGAUUUAGAUAUCAAUACAACCUUUCAGCUAUGUUUGGAUAUGUGUGACUAUUUGGAAGAUCUGCUGGAUCUGCAGCAUCUUAUAUUUAUUGACUUGACAACUAAUCAAAUUUUUCCGGAUUCAAAACAAGGUUUAUGUCGUUUGACAGCCUUUACAACCAUUAUGACAGAAUGUAAUUUGAUGUAUCAGCAUUUAGUGGAUGUUUUACGAUUACUGCACUCACAAUUGUCGCCAGAUUAUAUUUCCGGCUUAAGUGUACGCUUUAACAAUGUGAUAUUUAUUCAACUGCGGAGAUUUUAUGAACAAGUUCGGUCGCUUCCCUUGUCAUCAAACUAUUUCGACGUACCAGUAUUGCCAACGGAAUCACCCAUAGUAACAGGUGUAUAUUACACAACACCAGCCAUAAAUAGGAAUAGUCAUGAGCCAAGUGCACCAUUAAUAACCGAUUUAGACUAUUAGUUAAGAUGGUGUAAAUAUUGAGUAUGUGAAUUUAUAUAGGUUUUAAAGGUUUUCCUUUACACAUGUAAUUAUGUGUAUAUUGCAUUCAUAAGAUAUAAUUAACAUGAACUAUAUAGAUAUUAAAAUUAUAUGGUCAAAUUACUUUAAUUUACAAUUUAAAUAUAUUAAAGCGUUUUUUAUUGUUUUUGUUUAUUUUGCAAUCGUUCUGAAGAUUUUGUGAAAUAUGCUCUGUGUACCACAUGCUUUAGCGGCAAUAACAUGUAUGUAAACCUUGACAACUGAUAUGAUAUGGUAAGGAGGAAAUAAUUUUCCUUUCUUCUAAAAUUGGAAAAAUAAAUAUAAGAUCUAAUUAAA